AUGCCGCCGACAGUCACAUACGAUGGAGUCGGAGGUGCGGAGGGUGGUACCAUAUUCAAGGAUUGGAAGUUUUGGCUGGCACGACGAAUACCGAUGAGAGACCGAUGGAUAGACCUUAUCAAGCAAAAUAGUGGCAAGAUCGUUCCGCUGGAAAAACAAGCUGAUAUGCUCAUUGCGGACCAUAUCAGAAAAGAUUGCCCCGCUGGAUCCUAUUCCUGGAAGUUCAUUGAGGACUCGGUUAAGAAUGGGUAUAUCCAAAUAAAGGACAAGUACCUCAUAGGACGCCAUCCAGACGAGCCAAGACCGGUGGGCAGCCAUCAACCCUCGAAAUCAACACGGACCAAGUUUACUGCUGAGGACGAUGCGAAACUUGCUAGGUGGGCACUAAAACACCCAAACGAACAGAAAGGAAACCAGAUAUGGUAUGAGUACGAAAAAAUUAAUCCCCGGCAUACUGCACAGUCUUGGCGAGAUCACUGGAUCAAAAAGCUGCAGUUACUGGAUAGGAAAAAAUUGGAGAAGAUGGCAGCCUCUGCACCUGCAGAAGCCGCCCCGGUUAAGAGCAUCUCAGAAGAGACUGUGGUAGACCACAACACGGUUGUCAAGGUUCCACAGAAGGCUGCUGUUCAAAGGGCCCCUGAACGACGAGCGAACAACCCAAGAGACCCCGGCCCCAUCCGCACAGCACCGCGACCUCAACCUACGACAGUGCCAUCACAAAGCCCGAGAGAAGCUAACCAACCUCGACCAUCAAUAGAAAAUGACCAAGAAGAAGAAGAAGAAGAAGAAGAAGAAGAAGAAGCUCUUACUCUUCUGAGAAACAACUGGUAUCAAGAUCUUGAUGAGUAUAUCAAAGCCACGGAGAGAGACAUUAAGAGAAGUCUCAACAUCAACGGGAAGAAGAUCGAGUUGUUCGAUCUUAUGCUAGCUGCCCGGGAUGCGCCAGCAUCACAAGACAGUCAAUUGACCGACUGGUACAGGGUCGCAGAAAACCUGGGCUUUGUCGAACCAGAUCAGCAUACGGUCAAUGAGUUGCAUCUCUGCUAUGAAGAGAACCUCAUGGACUUCCUCGAUACAAUGGAGAGCUUCGAAGUAAACAGCGAGGGAGCAGACCCUGAGUCACAAGGUGCAGCUCCUGAUAUGGACCCCAAUCAAGACAUUGACUUCGAGGACGGUCAAGACAGCGGUUUACUGCAAAGCCAUGUACCAUCCUCGCCCCCAGUCGCCGCGUCAAGUUUGAAACGAACCGCUGGUCAGCCUCCCUUCGCCUCACCGGAGCGCUUUAAGAAAAGACGCUACAGAAAGGGCAUGGAAAUACCAUCUACACCCGAAGCCGAAGAAACCUCCAAGCUACAGCGUGCCCAAGAAACAUCUCCUGGUGCGCAAAGAACCUCUCAGUGGCUAGGCUAUAUUGGUGAAAGCGAUGCUUCGCAGCACCUUCCACCCCUUCCCCCAAUGCAAGAAGAAUCACAAGACCUUGGCACACGGCCAGCAUUAAGGCAGGAUACUCGACACCAAUCUGUGGAUGCUCCACUGCCAGACCAUCUGGGCUUGGAUACUACACCAAUACCAUUGCAUCUAAGUAACCGUCGCCAGCAAAUACCUUCUCAUGAGAGACAGCGAGAAUCACAUGCCGAGCCGACAAGACGACGUCAUGACAGCAGCUUUACAGAACAAAGUGCUCCCAGACGAGCUGUUUCUUCUGCGAAACCGAACCCAAAACCAAGCACCCGAACAGUUCGACGGUCUCUUCCGGCCUCCUUCAACUCUUCCCGAGCGGUUACUCCCAGAACCAACCAGCCUCGGAGUUCAGAGAAGUCUAAUUCUCGAGAGAUCCAGAAAUGGAUCACACACUAUGAAUCAAUGGGUUACCCUCGCCAAUUUGUCGUGGAGGCCCUGAAACGCACAACCCUUACACCUGGAAAUACGGCCCUUCUAGUCAUGAAGCAUCUUAGUGAAGGGCGCGAUGUGCCUUCCCACCACGAGGGUAUCUGGACAGACCGUGACGAUGCGGACUUGGACUUUGCUUCGAGCGUGGACUUUCAUCGUUCUCCAGCUGACGACAGCGAAGAACUCCAACAGGAGCGCGCUCAGAGAGCUCACAACCGGCUUGUCAAUAAACACGGCUUUCAGAGGUUUAACUUGAGAAAGGCUUUUCUCAAGGCCCAAUCAAAAGAAGGUGGCAACCACCUGGAGGGUUAG